UUCUUCUCUUUCUUUCUUUCUUUCUUGCUUGCUCAUCUAGUUGUUGCAGAUUAAAAAAAAUGGCGAAAGACGUUGAAGGGGCUGAGCAAGGAGAGUUCUCAGCAAAGGACUACCAUGACCCACCUCCGGCACCGUUGAUCGACGUUGAGGAGUUGACCAAAUGGUCGUUUUAUAGAGCUGUUAUUGCUGAGUUCAUUGCGACUCUUCUCUUCCUUUACAUUACAGUCUUGACUGUUAUUGGCUACAAGAGCCAGACUGAUGAGAACUUGAACACUGAUCAGUGUGGUGGUGUUGGCGUUCUUGGUAUUGCUUGGGCCUUUGGUGGCAUGAUUUUCAUUCUUGUUUACUGCACCGCCGGUAUUUCUGGAGGACACAUCAACCCGGCUGUGACAUUCGGGUUGUUCUUGGGUCGCAAGGUGUCACUCAUCCGGGCAGUGUUGUACAUGGUGGCUCAGUGCCUGGGAGCAAUCUGUGGUUGUGGUUUGGUCAAGGCAUUCCAGAAGUCAUACUACAAUAGGUAUGGUGGCGGAGCCAACGAGCUCGCCGAUGGUUACAACAAGGGCACUGGAUUGGGAGCUGAGAUCAUUGGAACCUUUGUUCUUGUUUACACUGUCUUCUCCGCCACUGAUCCCAAGAGGAGUGCCAGAGACUCCCAUGUUCCUGUUUUGGCACCACUCCCCAUUGGGUUUGCUGUGUUCAUGGUUCACUUGGCCACAAUCCCCAUCACCGGCACCGGCAUCAACCCUGCUAGGAGUUUCGGAGCUGCUGUGAUCUACAACAAGGAGAAAGCCUGGGAUGACCAAUGGCUAUUCUGGGUUGGACCCUUCAUUGGAGCUGCCAUUGCUGCAUUCUACCACCAAUUCAUUCUUAGAGCAGCAGCCAUUAAGGCACUUGGAUCCUUCAGGAGCAAUGCCUAAAUGAAUAUUCUAAGAUCAUGGUGUUUAUGAAAAGAAUAACAAUUAUGGGGAGUGCAAGUAUGUGUUGAGAGUCCUUUAAGCCAAUCUCUCUUGCCUAAUUUAUUGGGAUUAGAGGGAGAAACUAGAGGGCCAUUGAAUUGUAGAUAACAAUGCCUACCGUGUUUGAAGGGUUUAUUUUGUAUCCCUUUUGAUGUUGCUUUGGUUGUACUUAAGUAGUGGUUUUAUUUUUAUUUAUCCUUUUCUAUUUUUAUGUUUUAAUUGUUCUCCUUUUUUUUUUUCUUUAUUUAAAGGUGGUGUAUUUCUGUGAAUGUUCUACCCAAGUCUAGUAAAUUAAUUAUCUGUUUAGUCA